AUGGCACCUAAAGGAGGCAACGCAAAGAAAGAAAGUGGACGUGCGAAGAAGGCAGAAAACGAGGCCAAGAAACAAGACGCUGCUCUUGCCGAAAAGGAGAAGAAAGAAGCCGCAGCUUGGGACGAUGGCGCGAAGGCGGGAAAAGACAAGGCUGCCAAAGAGGAAAAGCGCAAAGCUGAUUUAGCUCGAAAGGCAGAGAACGCUAGGCUUUUAGCGGAAGAAGAAGCCUCACCUCCUCCCAAGGCCAAAGUUGCUCCAAAAGCGGGAGCCAAGAAGGCGGUUAAGCCUCAGCCCAAGCCUGCUGGGCCAGGCGCUAUCGCAGCUGGAGGUGGGCUGGUGAGUGCUGAUGACGAGAAAAGCGGUAGUAAGGGACAAGGCGAAGAACCUAAGGAAAUCGAGAGCUUCUCUGCUACCGGCAUUGACAAUGCACUGGAUCUUCUGGAUGUGGUCACUGCAAAGAUGGACAAGGCCAGUGUUGGUAGUCAGGCUGCAGGUAUCGAAAGGCAUCCAGAGGUAAUGUCAUCGGCUGCCUUUGAAGCUUAUCAAGAUCGCGAGUUGCCCAUCGUUAGGAAAGAGCAUCCCGGUCUCAGGUUACAGCAAUACAAGGAUUUGUUAUACAAGCAAUUCCAGAAAUCUCCAGAAAAUCCGUUUAAUCAAGCCACCGUCUCAUACGACGCUUCAAAGGAAGAGAAGAUCCAAGUGCUGAACGCAAAGAAGGCGCAGGUCGAGGAUCGUUUGAGGGAGUAUUGA